AUGAUGAGAAGACAGUCCAGCUUUGUACCAAAUCAGGACGGCCAGCUGUGUGCUGGGAUGACCUUUGACCCAGUGCAGGAGCAGCAGCUCAGUGGUGUCAUAAGAAACCUGCUACCACCCUACUGCCACCCUACUGCCAACCUCCUACCAACCUACUGCCAACCUGCUACCAACCUACUGCCAACCUCCUACCAACCUACUGCCAACCUGCUACCAACCUGCUGCCAACCUACUGCCAACCUCCUACCAACCUACUGCCAACCUGCUACCAACCUACUGCCAACCUACUGCCAACCUACUGCCAACCUCCUACCAACCUACUGCCAACCUGCUACCAACCUACUGCCAACCUCCUACCAACCUACUGCCAACCUCCUACCAACCUACUGCCAACCUGCUGCCAUCCUCCUACCAACCUACUGCCAACCUGCUACCAACCUACUGCCAACCUCCUACCACCCUACUGCCAACCUACUGCCAACCUGCUGCCAACCUACUGCCAACCUCCUACCAACCUACUGCCAACCUGCUACCAACCUGCUGCCAACCUACUGCCAACCUCCUACCAACCUACUGCCAACCUGCUACCAACCUACUGCCAACCUACUGCCAACCUCCUACCAACCUACUGCCAACCUGCUACCAACCUACUGCCAACCUCCUACCAACCUACUGCCAACCUCCUACCAACCUACUGCCAACCUGCUGCCAUCCUCCUACCAACCUACUGCCAACCUGCUACCAACCUACUGCCAACCUGCUGCCAACCUCCUACCACCCUACUGCCAACCUGCUGCCAACCUACUGCCAACCUCCUACCAACCUGCUACCAACCUACUGCCAACCACCUACCAACCUACUGCCAACCUGCUACCAACCUACUGCCAACCUGCUACCAACCUACUGCCAACCUGCUACCAACCUACUGCCAACCUCCUACCAACCUCCUACCAACCUACUGCCAACCUCCUACCAACCUACUGCCAACCUGCUACCAACCUACUGCCAACCUGCUGCAAACCUGCUGCCAACCUCCUACCAACCUACUGCCAACCUCCUACCAACCUACUGCCAACCUCCUACCAACCUACUGCCAACCUCCUACCAACCUCCUACCAACCUACUGCCAACCUCCUACCAACCUACUGCCAACCUCCUGCCAACCUACUGCCAACCUCCUACCAACCUACUGCCAACCCUCUGCCAACCUCCUACCAACCUGCUACCAACCUGCUACCAACCUACUGCCAACCUGCUGCCAACCUACUGCCAACCUCCUACCAACCUGCUACCACCCUACUGCCAACCUCCUACCAACCUCCUACCAACCUGCUACCACCCUACUGCCAACCUACUGCCAACCUGCUGCAAACCUCCUACCAACCUACUGCCAACCUCCUACCAACCUACUGCCAACCUCCUACCAACCUGCUACCAACCUACUGCCAACCUGCUGCCAACCUCCUACCAACCUGCUACCAACCUACUGCCAACCUCCUACCAACCUACUGCCAACCUCCUACCAACCUGCUGCCAACCUCCUACCAACCUACUGCCAACCUCCUACCAACCUGCUGCCAACCUCCUACCACCCUACUGCCAACCUGCUGCCAACCUACUGCCAACCUCCUACCACCCUACUACCAACCUACUGCCAACCUCCUACCAACCUGCUACCACCCUACUGCCAACCUCCUACCAACCUCCUACCAACCUGCUACCACCCUACUGCCAACCUACUGCCAACCUACUACCAACCUACUGCCAACCUGCUACCAACCUACUGCCAACCUCCUACCAACCUACUGCCAACCUCCUACCAACCUACUGCCAACCUGCUGCCAUCCUCCUACCAACCUACUGCCAACCUGCUACCAACCUACUGCCAACCUGCUGCCAACCUCCUACCAACCUACUGCCAACCUGCUACCAACCUACUGCCAACCUGCUGCCAACCUCCUACCACCCUACUGCCACCCUACUACCACCCUACUACCACCCUACUACCAACCUCCUACCACCCUACUACCAACCUCCUACCAACCUACUGCCAACCUACUGCCAACCUCCUACCACCCUACUACCAACCUGCUGCCAACCUCCUACCACCCUACUGCCAACCUCCUACCACCCUACUGCCAACCUCCUACCACCCUACUACCAACCUCCUACCACCCUACUGCCAACCUCCUACCACCCUACUGCCAACCUCCUACCACCCUACUGCCAACCUACUACCACCCUACUGCCAACCUGCUGCCAACCUCCUACCAACCUACUGCCAACCUCCUACCAACCUCCUACCAACCUACUGCCAACCUCCUACCACCCUACUACCAACCUACUGCUAACCUCCUACCAACCUACUGCCAACCUCCUACCAACCUACUGCCAACCUCCUACCAACCUACUACCAACCUACUGCCAACCUCCUACCAACCUGCUAACAACCUACUGCCAACCUCCUACCAACCUACUGCCAACCUGCUGCUUUCCAGAGCUAACCAGAGAGGCCCAGACUGCCCUCUCUCCAGCUACAUGGACCAUCUUCUCCAGGGGAAUCCCAAGGCGUUCCCAGUCCCUCCAUCGUGUCCUGGAUCUUCCUCUGGGUCUCAUCCCGGCGGGUUGUUCCUCACCGAGGAGGCAUCCUAA